UGUCGGGGAUCCUCUGUGGCCAUCCGUAAGAAGAUCUCAGAAUGGGAGUGCAGGAGGGUGGCUCUGCCUAGGAUGAGCCUGUGUCUGGAGAAGAGGCCUGUAGGUGAGCGUGUGGGCAGCAGCGAGGGCUGCCCCAGCCUCCUCUCCUCACCUUGCAGUGAGAAGACCUUUGACUUCAAGAGCAUCCGGAGGAUGAGUAUGGCUUUCUCAGAGUCCUACCCAGAGACGGAGGAAGAGGAGGCAGCCUCAGACAGGAGGGCUUGGGCCGCUCCAGAAGAGGCCAGGAAAACCGACUCCUCUGCGUUAUUCAUGCACUCCCUGUCUGCGCGGAAGGAAACGUCUGCUGUACUGAAUCGGAUACAAAAGAUCGAGAAGGUGCUGAAGGAGAGCCCCAGCCAGCCACUGUAUCUUAGUAACUGCUAUGCACCAGACAAAACGAAGAGAAGUCUUUUUACAAUAGGUGGGAUCGAGGACUUGGACAGUAGGGGCACCAGUAAACGCAGCAGUAUAUGUUCCUGGACAGAACCAGACGCCCCGCCGGCAUCUGAUAAACUCUCCAGACAGAGGUUCAGUGAGCUCAACUCGGGUCAGAGACCGAGCCCAGAGCCAUGUCAACAGACCCCGGAGGGCAUGCGCCAGUCAACCCCUGCCCAAACCAAACGCACCUUUGAGUACGACGCCAACCGCAACCACAAGGGCAUGUCGCCAAACGCACCUCCUGGCAGUGCCUCUGAGGAGUCACCACCCCUGCUGCCCACCACUCCCGCACUCCAACAUGACGCAAAAUCCGACAAAGGACCGAGCACCCCUAAGAGACUACAGGACAGGAGUCAUGAGUUGGAGGAUGCUGCCAGCCUGGCCUCGGCGUACCGUCCUCCCACAGAGAAUGGCACUGUUUCCACAGAGACCUGCGGCAGCAGCCGGCCCAGCUCCAAAAGCACUUUAGAGGAGAACGCCUAAGAGGACAUAGUGGAGAAGGAGAACCCGUACGAGGACGUGGACCUGAAGAGGAGGAGUUUGGGUCGGAAGAACCGCUUGGUACCGGAAAGCAACCGGACCUGGAGCUCCCAGAAACUCAACUCACCUCCUCAGCUGCCCUCUAAGCCCAGUAGCCUUUCCCUGCGCCUCUCUGGUCCCACAGACAAGAAGAGUCACCGGGCGUCCCGCCUGUCCAAGCGCCACAGCCAUGAUGACAUGCUGCCGCCCCAGCUGGGGGUCUCUCCCUCCCCCUGCUGUCUGCUGGAUGACGGCUUGAGCAGCGCCAGCGACACCCUGGCCUCCCGUAGACACCGGAGGAUCCCCAAGAUGGUCCAGAGAAUCAACUCCAUUUACUGUACCAAGCGAGGGAAGAAGAGGCUUAAGAAGCUGACCUUGUCUAAUAUUGAGACGGCAUCUCUGAGAGAUGACAACAGCGAGAGCGAGAGCGACUCUGAUGACAGGUUCAAAGCUCACACCCAAAGGCUGCUGAAGCUACAGUCAAUGCUGCGGCGGGCCCCUAGCUACCGCACACUGGAGCUACAGCUGAUUGAGUGGCAGGAAAGGGAGCUGUUUGAGUACUUUGUGGUGGUGUCCCUCAAGAAGAAGCCUACCAAGAACUCCUUCUCCCCCGAAGUCACCUACCAGUUCCCCAAGCUAGAGAGGCCCACCAAGCUGAUGAGGGAGGCAGAGCAGAGACUCAAAGCCAUCCCCCAAUUCUGCUUUCCAGAUGCCAAGGACUGGACCCCAGUGUCUGAAUACAGCAGUGAGACCUUCUCGUUCAUGUUGACUGGAGAGGAUGGCAGCAGGAGGUUUGGGUACUGCAGGCGUCUGCUGCCAAGUGGGAAAGGGCCUCGCCUUCCUGAGGUGUACUGCGUCAUCAGCCGACUGGGCUGUUUCCACCUGUUCUCUAAGAUCCUGGAUGAGGUGGAGAGGCGGAGGGGGAUCUCUGCAGCCCUAGUCUACCCCUUCAUGAGGAGUCUGAUGGAGUCACCCUUCCCAGCGCCGGGGAAGACCAUCAAAGUCAAGACCUUCCUGCCUGGAGCAGGGAAUGAGGUCAUUGAGCUGAGGCGGCCCAUGGACUCCAGACUGGAGCAUGUAGACUUUGACAGUCUCUUCAGCUGCCUGAGCGUGCGUCAGGUGGUGCAGGUCUUCGCCUCCCUGCUGCUGGAGCGCAGAGUCAUCUUUGUGGCUGAUAAACUCAGUACCCUGUCCAGCUGUAUCCACGCGGUGGUGGCUCUGCUCUAUCCCUUCUCCUGGCAGCACACCUUCAUCCCCGUCCUGCCUGCCUCCAUGGUGGACAUCGUCUGCUGCCCCACACCCUUCCUGGUGGGGCUCCUGUCCAGCUCACUGCCCAAACUCAAAGACCUGCCUGUGGAAGAGGCUUUGAUGGUGGACCUGGGAACUGACCGCUUCAUCAGACAGAUGGAUGAUGAGGCCUCGUUGUUGCCACGGAAACUCCAGUCUGCUCUUGAGCUAGCUCUGGAGCAGAGGAAUGACAUCAUCAAUCAGGACUCUGACAGCGAGUCAGACGAAGAGUGUAACUCCUUGAACAGCCUAGUGUCGGAGGCCUUCAUCCGUUUCUUCCUGGAAACCAUCGGCCACUACUCCCUGUUCCUCACCCAGAGCGAGCGCGGAGAACGCAUCUUCCAGCGCGAGGCCUUCCGCAAGUCUGUGGCCUCCAAGAGCAUCCGUCGCUUCCUGGGGGUCUUCAUGGAGUCCCAGAUGUUUGCCGGGUUCAUCCAAGACCGAGAGCUGCGGAAAUGCCGGGCCAAAGGACUCUUUGAGCAGAGGGUGGAGCAGUACCUGGAAGAGCUACCAGACACAGAGCAGAGUGGAGUGAACAAGUUCCUCAAAGGGCUAGGAAGUAAAAUGAAGUUUCUUCACAAAAAGAACUGAGGAAACCUGCUACUUAAUAACCAAAUACCGGAGCAUGAAAGCUUGUUCUACUGCAAACUGAAGAUCUGAUACACCCAAAACCCUGUAUUUUAUUGACUUAUUCACUUGUUUGUCUAUCAAGAACAUCAAUGAAAUGUCAAUAUGUUGUACAUAUUUCACUGUAAACUGGCUGUGAUACCCUCCAAUGUAGCUUGAUUCUUAGGUGUCUGGUACCUUAAUUAUGAGGCUAGUUACAGUAGGACGGUACAGAGUGAAUGUGCCUUUGUUUCUGAUUAACCACUGACAUUAAAGUGUGCUUGAGAAGAAUAUGAUCAGACUGAGUGAGUGAAUGCAAGCUAAUGUAUGGUGGAUGUACAGUUACUAUGUUUUGUUUCGUAUUUUAGAUCAUCGUUGUCCUGUCUUUUUGCUGAAUGAGAGCUUUACAUUCCACACCUGGUUGGGAGGAUUUGUACAUGCAUUAACACAUGAAGAAAAUGAUUGUAAAUGUUUCAAACAUGCAUUGCUUUGUAAAAUUCAGUAAUUAAACACAAAAGACUUCAAACGAA